AUGUUUCAGCUAAAUGAAAUAGCAUUUCAAGCCACUGAAUCAAUUUCAUCUUCAAAAUGGUUAUCAACUGGCAUACAGAAAACCAGUUCAACUCAGUGUAGCCCAAUUUUCGCCAUAUUUAUUUUGCAAAUAAUGAUGAAACUACAAAACAAACUGAAAGAUAGAAGAUCAACAGAACAAGAAGAAGAAGAAGAAGACGAACAAUAA